AUGGAUGCUGAUGAUGACUUGGACCUGUUGGCCUCCCUCCUGGAGGAGGGCGAAGAAACCAAGGAGGGGAAUCUUCCUGAGGAGGAGGAGGAGGAUGCUCCAGAGGAGGAAGGAGGAGAGCCAGAUGAAUAUGAUGAGCUCUUCGAUGCAGAAGAUGAUGGAUCCUACACUGAGGGGCUGGAUGAUGAGGACAGCAUGACUGAUGAGCAGAAGGAGAACCUGGCCGUGCUGUUUGGAGAUGUGGAUGACCUGCUGCAGGAGGAGGAGGCAGAGGAAGUUGUCCCCAUGUCAGCUCCCAGUGAGGCAAAGGAGAAAACCAACCAGGAGCUGCAAGCUGAGCUGCAGAAGUUGCAGGAGCAGAUGAAGACGUUGCAGGAGCGGCUGCAGAAGACUGCCAUUGAGCAGCCACCCAGCCCAGGCCUGGAGAGGAAAGCCCCUGGUAAAUCUCCCUGUCCACCCUUGAAGAAAAGGAAAGUGCAGAAGCUACAGGAGUCCCCGUGUUUCUCAGCCCAGCUGGACAGUCCUUUCCCUCCAGCCAAGCGAAGAAUCCAGAAAUCCAAAGCCUCCUCAGCAGAGAACAAGACUCCUCCUCCACAGCAAGUCCUCAGCCUGGCAUUCCAGCCCCUGGGGAACACACCCAGCAAGGUGACCAGAGACAAGACUUCCCCUGUGCCUAACUGCUCCAGUGCCACAACUCAGGCAGAGCCUGUGGAAACCUUCCUGGGACUGAGAAUAAGAAAGCCCCGAGUGUCCUCAGCUGAAAUGGACAGGAAAAUGGCUAACCGGAGGCUGAUCCGACUCUCCCAGCUGAAAACCAAACUUGCUGCAGAAAAUCUGGAGGAGAUAGACUGGGUCACAUUUGGGGUCAUUGUGAAGAAGGUCACUCCACAGAGUGCAAACAAUGGCAGGACCUUCAGCAUCUGGCGGCUGAACGACCUCCGGGACCUCAGUCAGUGUGUCUCACUCUUCCUCUUCGGGGACAUCCACAAGGAGCACUGGAAGACAGACCAAGGCACAGUCAUUGGGCUGCUCAAUGCUAAUCCCAUGAAACCCAAGGAAGGCUCAGACGAGGUGUGUUUGUCUGUUGACCAUCCCCAGAAGAUCCUGCUCAUGGGGGAAGCUCUGGACCUGGGCACCUGCAAAGCCAGAAAGAAGAACGGUGAUCCCUGUGCCCAGAUUGUGAACCUGAGCGACUGUGAGUACUGCCAGUACCACAUCCAGGCCCAGUACAGGAGGCUGAGCUCGAGGAGGGCAGAGCUGCAGUCCACCUUCUCGGGCGGCCGCGUGCCCCGCAGGGUGGGCCGCAGAGCCCCCACGCUGAAGGAGAGGCUGUGCCAGGGUGGCUUCCACUACGGAGGAGUCUCCUCAGAAGCAUAUGCAGCCUCAGUUGCAGCUGCUGCUGCGCCAAAAAAGGUUCAAACCACUCUGUCCAACCUGGUUGUCAGAGGAGCUGAUGCAAUUGUCCAGGAAACCAGGCAGAAAAUUGGGAAGAGACCCCUGCAGUGUUCCCAGGAGUUCAGGGAGCUGCUGUCACAGCCAACCUUUGGUGCUCGGAACCUCUGCAAACACUGGACUAAAACAGAUGCUGAAAAGAAGCAAGGGGCCAACUUCCAGUCCAUCUCUGCUUCGGCACUGCUCAAGCAGCAGAAACAGAAGCUGCUGGAGGCCAGGAAGAAGCGAUCUGAGGAGAUUCAGAGGAGGUUUCUCCAGAACACGAGCAAAGCUGGCAGUCCUGCUCUCCCAUCCUCCUCCACACAGUCCUCCUUCCGGUCCCCAGUGCCUGGAGCAGAGUUUCCCAAAGCUGCCAAGAUGUCAACUCCUCAGAGGCCCAAGCUGGGGACAGGCUUCUCAGAAGGGGAAGAUAUCCUCCUCUUUGACAGGUCUCCACCGCCAAAGCCGAAGCUGGACAGCUUGGCCGAAGCCAAAAAGCUGGCAGCGAUCCACCGGCUGCGAGCCAAGGGGCAGGUGCUGGCUAAAGUGGACCCAAACAGCAUCAAGAGGAAAAGAACCGACGCUGGUGACGUCCUAGGAAUUGCUGAAAGGGUUGAGAGAAACGUUGCUCAGCCACCAGGAGCAGAGAAUGAUGUGUGUGACCUGGAGCCUGCCCAGAAGAAGCAGCGUGAGCAGUUGGCCUAUCUGCACUCGGAGGAGUUCCAGAAGAUCCUGAGUGCCAAGUCCAAGCACACAGAUGUCCUCAGGGAGGCCGAGGCCGAGCUGCAGGAGCAAUACUUCGAGCCGCUGGUGAGAAAGGAGGAGCUGGAGGAGAAGAUGAGGAGCAUUAAGGAAGUGAAGUGCCGAGUGGUGACGUGUAAGACGUGUCAUUACACCCAUUUCAAGCCUCUGGAGACGUGUGUGCAGCAAAGCCACGACUACCACUGGCACGAGGCCAGCAAGAGGUUCUUCAAGUGUCCCUGUGGCAGCAGAGCCAUUUCCCUGCACAGGCUCCCACAAAAAACCUGCAGCACCUGUGGCCUCUACAAGUGGGAGCGAGACGGGAUGCUGAAGGAGAAAAAGGGGCCAAAGAUUGGGGGAGAGACACUUCUGCCACGCGGAGAGGAGCAACCGAAGUUUCUCAACAGCCUGAAGUGA